GAUUAGCAUUAGAAAUCCUAUUCUUUAUAUUCAAAGCAACCUCCUCUUUAUUAUCCCUUGUCCACUUAAAAUCAAUCGCUGCCUUCCAUUGUGGCUUCACCACUAAAAUCCACCGUCAUCAAUUUAAAAGACUAAGGAAAAUAAAACCUUUUCACUUCAAAAAAAAAAAAAUCAAAUAAAUCGCCUUUACUAUUAAAACUUUCUGUUGUAACUGGUUCUUGCGCAGCUGCUGUUACGGAGGGCGCUCUAGUUAUAAGAGUAAAAAAAGGUCUCUUUGAAUAACUUACUUUGUUAUUAAUGAAACGGCGGGAUAUCAACCUAACCAACUCAGCACCUCUCAUCGUUCUCUUUUCCUCGCAAAUCAACCUAACCAACUCAGGAUCCGACCAUGGUUUUGCCAGAUCCAUCUACUCUCCGCUCUUAUCUUUUUCCCCCCUCAAUCGAAGGCUUUACUGUUUUGCAGAGCAGAAAACCCCUAAACCCUCUUCGGAUUCGUCGUUCUCCGGUGUUGUUUCAAUUCUUCAGCCUAGUUCUUAAUUUGCUAUAUAACAGCAUACUUUUGAUCGAAUAUGGCAUUGGGUUUGAUAUUGGGGAUAGGAAGGGCAUUUCGAAGAAAGAGAACGUCGUCGUUGGAUAUUCUGUCGUCGAAACGCGCUCAUCGUGAUUAUUAUAAGGGAAAGAAUUGCAAGCCUACUGGUUUUCACACUCGCAAAGGUGGCUACGUAAUUGUACCCGAGAAAUUGCCGAACUAUGUUGUACCUGAUUUGACUGACUUCAAGCUAAAGCUGUAUGUUUCUCAAUGUGCAACACAAAUUAAAACAACUGAAGCAUCUGCAGCAGAAAAAUAAGGAAAUGGAGUGGGAACAAGAAUUCAAUCUGUGACGUCGUCAUCCAGCUGCCACUUGGUUGAUAUAUUCUUAAGUUAAGUUGGACGUCUUCUGAGUUGCCAUUAUGAAGUUCUAUCCGAAAGGGAUGAGACCCAAUUAGGUGGUAUUUCUGUGCACGUUAAACUAAUGAAUUCUUACUUGCUGGUUAAACUAUGAUCGUUUAUUAUCUCCUUUAUUGGUAGCAAUAAUUUACAGAAUCUUGUCUUGUCUUUAACUUAAGUUCCGCGGUCUUGUGAUGACCAAAACAUAUCCCCGGCCUCAUAGUAAUGGAAACUGUGUGAAACUGAAAUCAUGAUAUUUCUUUUUCCUUUUUCCUCCA